GUACGACGAAAUCGAGAUGGCACUGAUUGAGGAGUUUGCCACGGCGCAGAAGAUGGAGAAGAUUGACCGGAUGAAGGAAAUUUCGACGAUUCUGUCGCAGUUUAAGGGGUAUUCGCAGGUGAUUGAUGUUUACAUUGAGCAGAGCCAGGCGGUUACUUACGGUGGACGGGAUGUUUUCGACGGGAUUGUUCCGCUUUGUCACAAGAACUAUAAAAUCAUCCAGCAGGUGUUUAACGCGCCCGAUCAAGUAAUGAGCAAGUUUAUUUUAAACAUUUACCAGUUGAAGAUUAAUCAGUUUGUUCAGACUAAGUUGGACGAUAAAAAGGACGAGAACAAGUACUUGAAGACGCUGUACGAGUUGUACUCGCGCACAUUGAAGCUGUCCACGGAGUUGCAAGAGUUUAUGAAGGAAUCGGACGAUGAUUUGUUGCAGAAGCUGACCGCAAACAUCUUCUCGAUGCAUCUUGCGUCUUAUAUCGAAAUCGAAGGUCGUUGUUUGGAGUCGAAAUGCCAGCUGGAGUUGCGCAAAUUUUACGAGAAUAAAAACCACCAAAAGAAGCAGGUCGAGCGGUUCCAGGAGUUGCGGCGUGACAUGCAAGCGUUGAUUGGGACGCGUGCAAACAUUAACAUUGCCCAAAUUGAAGACUACGGAGGGGAGACGUUCCUGUCAGAAGAACUCGCCAUCAACCUGCUGCAGCAGUCGUCGUGCGCAUUUGAACGCUGCUGUCUUCUUUCGCGGGAAGCUGACCUGCCCAAGAACAUCCUUAAAGUCGCAGACAUCCUGCUGAGAUUCCUACUCCACGAGCACGUUGACUACGCGCUCGACCUCGGCCUGCAAGCAAUUCCGAUCGCCGAGUGCAAGAGCAUGCCCCAAAUCUAUUUCUUCGACGUUGCCCAAAAGUGCAACACGAUCGUGCACCUGCUUGAGAAGACGUACAACGCGAGCGUAAUCCCGAACGUCGUCUCAACCGCCCAGUACACGGAUUGCAUGCAGAAGAAGCGUUUCUACCUGGAGACGAUCGAGAACAAAAUCGAAACGGGGCUGGAACGUACGCUUAACGCCAUCUUUGGCUGGGUCAAAACCUUCCUCCAAAACGAGCAGAAAAAGACCGACUUCAAGCCCGAUUCGGACGUCGACACGGUCGCCUCCAGCGCCUGUCUCUCCGUCGUCCAGUACAUCAACCCGCUCAUCACGCUCAUCCAGCGGACCAUCGACGGCGAAAACCUGUCCGCGGUCAUGACGGAAUUUGGCGUGCGCUACCACCGCGUCAUCUACGAACAUCUGCAGCAGUUCCAGUACAGCACCGCCGGGGCGAUGUGCGCCAUCUGCGACGUCAACGAGUACCGGAAGAGUGCCCGCCCGUUGCAGGCGCCGCUGGUGACGCAGCUGUUUGACGUGCUGCACGCCCUCUGCAAUCUGCUGCUGGUCAAGGUGGAGAAUCUGCAGGAGGUUUGCGGCGGCGAUACGCUCAACUACCUGGACAAGUCGGUGGUGAUGAACUUUAUCCAGCUGCGCAGCGAUUACAAGUCGAUCAAGAUCUCGAACUCGCUGAAGGGAAUUUCGGAUCAGCGGGGCGCGGUUUGAGUGCACGCAGGUUAGUGGAAGAUUUUGUCAAAUGCUAUGCAAGUGAUGGUGUUUAAA